CUUGCUCCUCCUCACCUUUUCCUCUUCCUCCUCUCCUCCUUUUCUCUCCCAUUCCUUUCGAUUUUCUCUUCUUCUCCGGUUAUACUCAUCUACCGACAUCCUGUCCAUGUCCAAAGCCACCGUCGCGGCCAUCGCCGCCGCCAGUGCGGCUACGGGCGCCGGUCUGACUGCCCUGCUCUACUCUCCCCGGCCUCAGCAGCAAGCUCAGAAACUGUCUCCUCCUCCUCCUCCUCCGUCGGCGACAACUACGUCAAAUGUGCCCGCGACCACCCCGACACCGCCCUCCCUUGCCUCCAAACCCCCCGGUGGCCCCGUCGACCCGCACGGCAUUUACCAAUAUGGCUUCCCGGGCCCCGUCGCCGACCUGCUGAGCUCGGCACCGCUCGCGGGCGCAUAUGACCGUCGCACGCGGAACCCCGCCUGGGUCGCAGAACACAUCACGCCGGCCUCCCUGGCGCUCAAAAACGCGGAUCGCAAACACAGCACCUUCUUCGAAGACACGACCAUCCCGCCGGCCUUCCGCGCCAAGCUGGCCGACUACUUCCGCUCGGGCUACGACCGGGGCCACCAGGUGCCGGCGGCGGACGCCAAGUGGUCGCAGCAGGCCAUGGACGGCACCUUCGCGCUGUCCAACAUGUGCCCGCAGGUGGGCGAGGGCUUCAACCGCGACUACUGGGCGCACUUUGAGGACUUCUGCCGCAACCUCGCCAAGCGCUACCCGUCGGUGCGCAUCGUGACGGGCCCGCUGUACCUGCCGCACCGCGACCCCGACGGCAAGUGGCGCGUCUCUUACGAGAUGAUCGGGAACCCGCCCAACGUCGCCGUCCCCACCCACUUCUACAAGGUCAUCUACGCCGAGGAGGGACCCGCCGCCGCCGCCGGCAAGGUCGCCCUCGGCGCCUUCGUGCUCCCCAACGCCCGCAUCUCCAACGACAGGCGUCUGUCCGAGUUCGAGGUCCCCGUCGAGGUCGUCGAGCGCGCCAGUGGCCUCGAGUUCGCCGCUCGCCUGGAACCCAGCCGGCGCAAGCGUCUGUGCCAGGAGAUCAAGUGUGAGAUCGUGGUGCGCGAAUUCAACAACGCGGCCAAGCGGUCUUAAUCAUGUUAUAUAUGAUGAGAGGACGUGGUUCUUGAUGGGUGCCGAUCGCCUGUGUAUUUUUCUUUUUUGCUUCCUACUUCCCUUGGGUGUAUCAUGUUUAUAGUCCAGGCGCUCUUCAGGCCGCACGUGCCGGGUUUUGUAUUUACGAGCUUUGAUCAUAGACCAUCAGUGG